ACUGCAAAACCCCGUUUCAAGUUGAAGAAGCCAAACUUCAAAGAAUUGCAAAUGGGAGUAGAUGAGAAUCCAAGAGUUAUGUACGGUGUGAUCAUCACCGUUUACAUUGACCGUCAAACGACGAAGACAGUCCGAUCGUUUCGAGCGAGACGGGAAAAUGAAGGGACGUGGUGGAAGCGUGGGAUCGGAAGGACGAAGGGGUAUGAUCGGAGAGCGAAUCUUUUAGCUUAUAUUCGUCAGCUGAGGUCUGAAAGUCUCGCCGGAGAAUCGAAACGCGACGGUGUGGAGAGUGAAAACGUACCUGACCGGCCGAACGUGAAGAAGAAGAAACGACGGUGGAUAAGAAAAAUGAUGAGUAAGUUCCGGUUACCGUUUCUCCGGCCAUUUCGAAGGAAAAACAGGACGUGGAGAUACCGCCACUUUGUUCCAGAUGAAGAAGAAGGAGAAGCAAAGAGCAAAGCUCACAAUUCAGAUCUUUGGAAAAAGCUUAAAAACGUGGUUGGAGGGUUAUCACGCGGCUGUAUACGACGUAGAAGAGACUCAUGAAGACAAAUCAAGAAACAGACUGUUGUCCGAAGUUAGAAGUGAGGAAGGAUUACUACGUUUUCUUUU